GCCAAUCUGCAGGAUUUACAUUCCAGUCUACUAACGUAUAUCAAAGACUCUCAUGAAUCAUCAGCCGUCAUACAGGCUUUCCUCCGACGCAACCUAUCUCAUUGCCGGAGGCUUGGGAGGUCUAGGCCGCAGCGCCGCGCGCUGGAUGGCGGACAUGGGGGCGAGACACCUCAUCCUGCUGUCGAGGUCGGGACCCAAAUCGGAGGCGGCUCAAGAGCUCCUGAAGCAGCUCGAAGCAAUGGGGGUGCGUGUCAAGGCGCCCAGAUGCGACGUCACGUCCCAGGAUGCACUAUCUGCUGCCCUGGCCGAAUGUCGCGACCUGCCUCCGAUCAGGGGAUGCAUCCAAGGCACCAUGGUCCUCCAGGA